AUGGAUAUGAAGGUUUUGAAAUGGCAAUUUCUUCACGGCUCAUUAGUGAAAGGUUUGAUUCUGAAAGGGUUCUUGUUUGUUACUGUUAUGAUUGUUGUGUCAUUUGUUCAAAUGACACAUAUGAUUCAGAAAUCUGAACCUAUAAUGUUGAAUUUUGGUGUAUGCCCUUUGAACUUUGGGUCUAACCAGUAUAUGAAUGUGACCGGGUUCUUUAAACCCGUUUAUGGAUUGGGGAUUCCACUGUUUGGGGCGUCUUUGAUGAAGCGCGACGAUGAAAAAUUGACCAAGAAUGUGUUUAAGGAGCUAAUGGAAAAGAAUUUCUUGGAUUUGAAUGCUAAUGCAUUGUGUGUUGGGAAGAAAUCGUUGUAUGCAGCUUUGGUGCUGCGAGAACUGGGACUCUUGAGUGCUGUUGGUGUUGAUGCACACCCGUAUUUCUCUCUUGUAUGGAGAAGAUUUAUGUAUGAGCUUGAUCAUGAGAAUAAUUCUUUCGAUUUUGUGUUCUCGAGGGAUCUUGAUAAGGUUACUGUUCCAGCUCUUAUGGUGCUUGAGAUUGAGCGUGUCUUACGUCCAGGGGGCACUGGUGUUAUGCUCGUGGGUUCUAGUAGUUUCUACGCGGGUAACUUGAUAAAAGGCAACUUGAUAAGGUCUGCCACCCCAGUUUCGUUGUUCUUGAAGAGUUCUGAUGUUGUGCACGUAUGUGGGGUUGGCACGUAUACUCUAGUGAUGUUCAAGAAACGAUCAGAGAUUGUUGAAUCUCUCGUGCAUUCUGUGCUGCCUGCUAAUUGUCCUUCCAAUGUGAACAACAAGCCGUACUUGAAGCACCUUGAGCCACUCGUGGAAAAGAAGCUUGGACAGUUUGAGACACAAAUCUCAUACUUGCCCAAGUUCAUGAACAUCUCAUCAAGGAACAAACUGGUGUAUAUCAACGUUGGUGCAGGGGAAUUUGUAGAAUCAACUCUUGCAAGAACAUUCAAGCCUCAUUAUCCGAUCCCUCACCACUUGUUCAAUGUUUUCGUCAUUGAUCAUAACAUCUCCGCCCUGUCUUUAUAUGUGAAGAAUCCUGGUAUUAACUUUGUGUAUCAUCCAGGACUUGCUGUCGCCAGAGAGGCUACUUUGCCAUUUGUUGACACUGACGAAUAUUUGGGUGCACCGCUAGAUCAUGAAGGAUUCGACUUCAUUCGUUGGUUUAGUGAAACAGUUGAAGACGGAGACUAUGUCGUCCUCAUGAUGAAUGCUAGAGCAGCAGAGCUAAAUAUUCUAGCAGAACUAUUCAAAACUGGAUCAAUAUGCCAUGUUGAUGAGCUGUUCCUUCGCUGCUCGGCUGUAGACUGCAAAAAUGCUCUUUGUGGGGACUGCAUGAGCCUUUUCAAAACUCUAAGGAGAAGUGGUGUGUUUGCUCAUCAAUGGUGGGGAGACUAG